UACGCCUCGAAACGAUUUUUUACUGAAAAUAAAUACAAAAUAGUUUUGUAAAUAUAAAUCCAUUAUGGAUGUCUUUUUAAUGAUUAGGCGAAAAAAAUUAACCAUCUUCACAGAUGCUAAGGAUACAACGACCGUCCUAGAACUGAAGAAAAUGAUAGAGGGUAUAUUGAAGGCAGCACCAGCCAGCCAGAUGCUGUUCAACAAAGACAGCCAGCUUAUGGAAGACGAGAAGACCUUGGCUGAAUACGGACUUACAUCGGCUACUGCCAAAGCUCAAUGCCCUGCUCCUAUUGGCCUGGCUUUAAGGAAGGAAAAUGGCGAAUUCGAGGCCCUGGAUCUUACCCCGUACUCAUCGCCGCCUGAUCUGCCUGACGUCAUGAAGUCACAGGAAACCAACGGACAGGAACAGAUGGAUCAGCACUAAACGAGCCAAACGCGUUUCGGACACAACGAUACACACCAACUAAGUAUCUGUCGAUUUUAUACGACUCUGACGUCGGCAAUCGCGCGGUGUCCUCGCCGGACAGUCGCAGCAAAUAUCUUCAUAUUUUUUGCAUAUUGAACAUAUUUUGUUAAUCAUUUAUCGAUGGUUUGUGUUCGAUUUUAACAUAUAUUCUGUUAUGUCUACACAUUUCUUUGUAAGUAUUUUUGUGAUGCUUUGUACGGAAUGAGUAGAGCUUUUAUAAAUCGCUCCACGGUUAACUUCAUGGUACUUUUUAAUUUGUACUUUCUAAUAUUGCAAUUAAUUAUUGUGCGUCAGGAUUUUCGCGUCAAAGUUAUCUUGCUUCGCUUUCAAUCGAAUGAGUUCAGUUUAUGAAAAAAUCUUGUCAAUUUCUUUCGAGUUCCUGAUUAAUUUCGACUCCUUUAGCACUAAUUGGCAUAACUUAGAAUUUUGACGAUGAAAAAUUAUUCACAUAUUUCUAUUCUGAAUUCCAAGUUUUCAUAGUUACGAUGACCUUCCAGCAGAUAACGCUGUAGGCGUUAGAUGAGAAUAUCCCGGGUUCACGACCAAUUUGGAAAACAACUUUUCUAAAUUGGAUCUAGCCUGGUUGUGCCCCGGAGUUGUCGUCGACUCUAGUUAUCAUAGUACAGGGAAUCCCGUACUUUGAAACCAUUUUUUUAUACAAAUAUGUAAAUAAUGAGUCAAAAUUGUAAUUUACGUCUAUAAGUUUUUAAAGGGCGAUUCAUAGGUAAGCGCCAUCAUUUAUAGUGUGGCUUCAUUAGAGUAUUAUCCAGGCCAUGACAUCUUUCGGUGAAAAAAAAAAAUCUAAAUUUCCUUCUCGAGUUUUUCUAUAAACUAUGUGCCUGUAAUUUUUGCACUAAACAAUUUAAUAACUUAAGAUCAUAUAACACCGAUUCUCAUUGCUUCAUGCUUUGUAAUACCAUUUUUUAAAUUCUCAUCAAAUUUUACCCUUUUAUGGGAUUAGUUAUAAAAAUUCUCAUAGAGUACUCAUCAUGUAGUUUGUUUAUUAUAUUUACUUCUCAAAUAUAUCAUAUUAAAUUAUAAAUACGUCAUACAGUUAGUGCUUUUAUACAUGCAGCAAUUUUGUCCGAUGACAUUUGGGAAUACACACAACUUAAUUUUGAAAACUCUGCAGUUGUAACUGGUUACUUACCACAGCGGGACUUUUUAUUCUUUGUCGAUAUUUUAAAGUGAUUGAUUACACUGUCCUAGGUCACAUGUUGACGGUAAGCGGCUAUUAGCAGUUUUAACUACUGUAAAAACAGCUACCAUCGUUUCGGCUUCUUACAGUGUUACUAUUGGUACCCGACACACCAAUAUCAUUCAUUCGUUAAUUUCAUUCAAUCAAUAUUUUUAAAAAUUCAAUAAAAAGUUUAAAACUGUUUAUUUCCAAGUUAAACAUACAUAUAUUACGUAACUCUGUAGUAGUGAAAAUUUGAAACUGCACUUGAAAUUAAAGCCUAAAUAUCGAAAAUAUUGUUAGAAUAAAAAGUCGUACUAUGGUAAGAAACCGGUACGGUAAGUAUUGAUAGUCGUUCAAGUUCGUUCAAGUUUGUAUGAGAAGUUGUAUAAUCGUUGUGGUCAUUUUUGAUAAUCAUAAACUAAAUCGUUGUUUUAUUUAAAAGUAAACCUGUAUAAUGUCAAUUUCUUAUAUGCAGAAAUUCACUACAAAUUAUCAGUUUAUGUAUUUAAAACCAUAUAAAUAUUCCGAGAUACGCUAUUAUAAGAAUAAUUUAGAUAUAAUAAACAAACUAUUCCAAGAAGUUUAUAGUUACACAAGAAUACAUCAUUUUAAAGAAACUGAAAAAAUAUACUAACGCGGGUUUUGCAUAUAAUGUAUAAACUGUACGAAACAUACAAUAUGUAGAAUCCAUUGAAACUUUAAACUUCUUCACUCAUACACAAGUUAUUAUAAUAAUGUUGUAAUUGAUAUGUAAUAUCUCAAAACAAAUCUGUUUCGAGAACCUUUAUUUAAUUUAUUGGUUUUCUAGAUCUACCACCUUUUGUAUUGCAUACUUCGUCUCCCUCCAUUCGUUACGGUAUAACCAUUGCUCGUAAGUAAAUAUUAACUUCAAAACUGCCCAAACGCGGGUCAAAUAUUUCGUGUAUUUCAUCGAAAAUUAGUAGUCAGUACCUAGUGUUGUUUUUGUCGUGUUUGCACAACAUUGUGCCAAAAAUGACAUUUGAAUAAGUCGUAUGGAAUAAUCUUAGGAUUAUUUUAUAUGCACAUUGCUUGCAGAGAACAACUUUGCUGUAUAUUGUUAAUAUAAAAAUUAUAUAUAUAUUGCCUUGAGUGUCGCGUUAAAAAUGAACUCAGGUGACCAGGACCCCUGCAGAGGUAAUGCCAGUCUCAUAUGUAAAUAAAUCUUUAAAUCUAAGAUCUCAUAAUCGCUUAAAAGGUUAACAAUAAUUUUGUCAUGGGAUAUUACAUAACAGCAAUACUAUGAUUAAAUGAAAAUAGACUAUGGACUAUAGUUAAAUAGUUAAUUUAAUAGGAAUAAAAAUAGGGGCUUUUUGUAUUCUUAAAAUUCUUCGUAUUACAUGUAUACUAUUUUUUAUGUUGACACGAAUGCUAUAGCUACAGCAAAUCGAACAACAUUCAUUUUAAAGCAUUUUCAUUAAAAUAUAAUUUUGACGAUUUUACUAAUAAGUACAACAUUGUAAUGUUGUCCAAGUUAUGGGUAAAAUUCAAAGUAAACUUUGGAUAGUUAAUUAAAUUUAGUAUUGUAUUUAUAGACGUCACUGAACAUUUUUGUUUAAACGAUACAUACGUGUCAAGAUAAAAUCUCAUUAAAAACAACAUUCUUUUAUUUCAAUUGUGACUUCGAAAACUGUAAAUGAAAUCGAAUUCGCCUCUAGUUCCUCGAAACAUUGUGUUUCAUAUUGUUCUUUUUUAUUUAUGUAUUUUUCUAUUGCACCUUUGUAAGUAAGAUGUUCUGUAUAUUUUGGUUGUGGUUCAAGAUGACCUAACUUUUGGUGCAGACGAUGCGCCAUACAUAAUAGCUGGGAAAACGUUGCGACGCCCUUUAUCAAAGUACUUGUUUGCCCUUAGCAUAGGGUAAUAAUUUGUGCCUAAAUUGCUUUCCGCGAUGAGCCAAUUAAUUAAAGAAAAAUCUAUUUUUCUAUAUAACUGGGCUAAUGGGCUUUCUGAUAAUAUAAUCUGUCAAUAUUAUCUAUUACUAAUUAGACGUUCGUAGUUUCAUGCAUCAUACCACAAAUAAAUUAUAAUAAAUUGCCAAUAUGGAAAAUAAAGAUUGCACACAAACUUGCAUACUACGAAUCAAACCUCGUAUAACUUGACGUAGGCGUCCGCGACAAUUUAAUAUCUUAUUCUCUUUUUAAGGGCAUCAUAUUGAUCAAGUUAUUAAAGUUUUGACGAUAGUGGAUACCAAAGCACUGAACAUUCGCUCAUCUAAUGUCGUAUACAACAAAUAAAAAUAAAUCUGAUGUAUACUAUAGAUCAAAUUCGAGCGAAAAUAUUACAUUUUAAAUACUUUUUAGGCUACUGUUUUGAUUUGAGCAAGGGUAAGCAACGUUUCAAACGGCUACCUAAAAUGCCACGUGCGUAACGGCUAGCUAGAUAAUUACGUCUCGUUAAUAAUUCUACCAAAUAAAGCACGCAUUGUUACAUAGGAUAAAUAAUAAAAUGCAGUGUUCACUUUAGGCGUCAUUCGGGCGGCAGCUUUAAGUACAGUACUUUGUGUAGAAAGAGAAUUACCAGAUACAAGUAGUCUCUAGCUAUUAAAUGGUUGCAUAGACUUCCAUUAUUAUGUAAUUCUUGUGAUUGAAAAGAAUACCUUUACGAAUGUCGCCUAAGAUUCAAGAAUGAACCACUACCAUGAGUUGUUUCUGAUGUACUUAUGGCAAAAUGACACCAUUUUAAUCAAUAAAUAAUUAUCUGUUGAGUUUUCUAUUUUAGCCUUAGUCGAAAUUGUAGUUUUCUUAUUUGCGUUAUAGAGAAACUCAAAUUAUACUAUGUAAACUGUUCCCAUAUUAUUAUUAUUUUAAUUUUAAGUCAUUAUUCCGUGUUACCUUGCCAACGUGUUGACUCGUGGUAGUGGCACAUAUUCCCUGAAUAGUCAUCAAGGAAUAUAAACCUAUGAUUUAGCUACCAUACUCUUUGUUUAAUCGCCAGCCGGUAGGCAAGUAAACGGCUCUCAUAAUGUUUUACUUUAUAAAAUAUCAAUAUGUAACGAAGUCUCACGAAGGUUUUGCAAUCAAUUAGCGAACAAAACUUCGGGCGCAUCAAACGGGACUUAGACAAAGAAUAGCGUAGUAUUUCAUGUGCAAAUAUGGGAAAUCUACAAAUGAACCAGCAGGAAAUAAAGCUG